CUAUGCCUCCUCCCACAACAAGCACAUUUUUAAAAAGCUCCUUCUUUAAAAACAACUUUAUUUUUCAAUCUAACAGAAGCCAAACCUUCCUAUCUUUGAAUUUUGGAAAAUGAGUCACUCAUCUCAUUUUCUGUUUCCUCCCUCUCUAAAAAGCCCCAUUUGAACUCAGGGCAGAUGGGUCUGACAGGAAGCCACACGCCUUUCAGAGGCACCUGUGCUGCUUGAGCAAGCCUGGCACUGCCUCACAGACCUUCCUCAGAGCCACUUCCAGAAACGCAAGAAAUCUGAUCUGCUCUUCCUCUCAUCAGUGUCCUCUGGUUGGACCAGACUUCCAGGAGCCUGUAGAUUUAUAAAAUGAACCCCACAAAUGUGGCAGACACCACCAUGGAUGACAGCAUGUACAGUAGUUACUACCUGGAUGCGAACAUCCCCAAGCCUUGCAUGAAGGAAGGCAUCAAGGCCUUUGGGGAACUCUUCUUGCCCCCUCUUUACUCUUUGGUCUUUCUGUUCGGUCUUUUUGGAAACUCGGUGGUGGUGCUGGUCCUGUUCAAGUACAAGAGGCUCAAGUCCAUGACAGACGUGUACCUGCUCAACCUUGCCAUCUCGGAUCUGCUCUUUGUGUUCUCCCUCCCUUUCUGGGGUUAUUACGCUGCUGAUCAGUGGGUGUUUGGACUCGGUCUGUGCAAGAUGAUUUCCUGGAUCUACUUGGUGGGUUUUUACAGUGGCAUAUUCUUCAUCAUGCUCAUGAGCAUCGACAGGUACCUGGCGAUCGUGCACGCCGUGUUUUCCUUGAGAGCACGAACCCUGACCUAUGGGGUCGUCACUAGUGUGGUGACCUGGUCUGUGGCUGUGUUCGCCUCACUUCCCGGCCUGCUGUUCAGCACUUGUUACACGGAUCACAACCGUACCUAUUGCAAAACCAGGUACCCUGGCAACUCCACGAUGUGGAAGGUUCUGAGCUCCCUGGAAAUCAAUGUUCUAGGGCUGCUGAUCCCCUCGGGGGUCAUGCUGUUUUGCUACUCUAUGAUCAUUCGGACCUUGCAGCACUGUAAAAACGAGAAGAAGAACAAGGCGGUGAAGAUGAUCUUCGCCGUGGUCAUCCUCUUCCUUGGCUUCUGGACACCGUACAAUGUGGUGCUCUUCCUGGGUACGUUGGUCGAGCUAGAAGUUCUCCAGCACUGCACCUUUGAGCGGUACCUGGACUACGCUGUCCAGGCCACAGAAAGCCUGGCUUUCGUCCACUGCUGCCUCAAUCCAGUCAUCUACUUUUUCCUAGGGGAGAAGUUCCGCAAGUAUAUUGUCCAGCUCUUUAAAACCUGCAGGGGCCCCUUCGCGCUCUGCCCACCCUGUGCUCUCCUCCAGAUGUAUUCUGCAGACAUCCCCAGCUCCUCCUACACCCAGUCCACCGUGGAUCACGACCUCCGUGACGCCUUGUAGACAACAGACAUGCAGAACAGCUCCCAAACUCCCACACCCGCAGCUUCCUUGCCAGUGUGCUUGUUUAGUAAGAGUGCCCUGCACACUCCGUGAGCAUGGGCCCUUCAGCCUGCAGUGGGCACCCCCCCAUUCCCGUGACAGCCGACCGCACCUCCGCCCAC